UGAGACUCGACUUAGUAUUGUACAUCUAUCUACCUAACAUACCGUACACCUACUAACAACUGAUGACACCUAACGCACAGGACGAAGUGAUUACUGGCUGACGUCUCUACUUAAAACGCAAGCCAUUCAUUUUUUUUCUUUUUACGAUAAAUCUCUUCAACGCACCAUCAUCUCGAGCUUCGUCGCCUGUCUACCUAUUUAUAAUCCCUACCUUUUGUCCAGUUAGUCUGAGACUUGCUUCAACUGGGCACCUUAGUGCCCGCCUUCAUCGACUUCCUCAAGACUACUCCUACUCCUCGCGCAGAGGCAGAUAGCUUGUCAUGACAUCCGUGUGACGCCUCAAACAACGCAACCAUGAGGGCUAGGGGAGCUUCAGGGGCUGCAGCCUCGAUAUGGUCCGCAGUUUUUCUUGUAGCGACAUUUUUAUGGUCUGCCUCAACUGCUCACGCCGAGAACGGUCCGACCAUCGUCGCAACUCCAUUCGAAUAUCUUCCCGACAACUUACAUUAUUUCAAGAACUCCAAUGUCGUUAUGUUUCAAGAGAUUUCCGGGCGCACUGUUUGGCGAUCGGUUGACGGCGGCGCGACUUGGGCUAAGGCUGAAGGAAUCGAACAUGAUAAGGCCGUCGCCCUAGUCAUGCACGAACACGAUCCAAACCGUGCCUAUGUCUUAACGCGUGGUAAUGCUCACUGGAAGACAGACGACAGAGGCAAAACAUGGAAGACCUUCCUAACCGGUGCGUACCUGAGUAUUUCUGAAGAUGCCGUAGCACAUCGGUGGAUGAGCUUUCAUGCGGACGAUCCGGACAAGAUCCUAUUUACCGGCAUGGAAUGCCAAGGCUUUUGCGAAGAUCUCGUAAUGUAUACUACCGACGGCUUUGAAAGCAAAGCUAAGUUCCUUCGCGGACGUACUCAGGGUUGUUGGUGGGCCAAAACGUCGCCCCUCUUUACAACCGGCAAGGAGGAUUUGGACAAGCAGAGAAUACUGUGCAUUGUCAGAAGUGGCAUGUUUUCUCCCCCGAGUGAAAAUCGCCUCCUGAUCUCCGACAACUAUUUCAGUCCUAGGGGAGCUGAUGGAGCAGUCGACGAGAAAGAGCCAAAAAUAAACGGCGGCAGCUCCAUUCAGGGAGUCGUGAGCAUAGCUGAGGUUAAGAAGUAUCUUCUAGUGGCUACCACCUCGCGUAAUACAGCUGAGAUGGCUCUGUACGUGAGUGUUGAUACUGAAAACUGGCACCGUGCUGUUUUCCCUCACGAUCACCCUCUUCUCGAAUCCUCGUACACCGUAUUAGAAAGUACGAAUUAUAGCCUCCAAGUCGAUAUCCGAUCGAAUAGGCGGUUGUCCAGUCCCAUGGGGACCUUGCUGACUAGCAAUUCCAACGGAACGUAUUUCACUAGGAACGCUGAGCAUACGAAUCGCAAUUUAGAUAAUUAUGUCGACUUCGAGAAGGUCUCUGGGAUCCAAGGCAUAUUUUUGGUCAACCAGGUAGACAAUUGGGAAGAUGUGGAAAAGGGUAAAGAGAAGAAAAAGAUCAAGACCAAGAUCACAUUCGACGAUGGGAGGACCUUAGAGUCCGUCAAGACAGGUGACGAUGAAAUUCACUUACACUCCGUUACGGAGAUAAAUGGGGAAAUGCACAAUGUUGGUCCUGUUUUUUCAAGCCCGGCACCAGGGCUCGUAAUGGGCAAUGGCAACCAUGGGAGCCACCUUGAAAAUUAUUGGGACUCGCAUCUCUACAUCUCAGACGACGCUGGGAGGACGUGGAUCGAAGGUCCUAAGGGGCCACAUCUAUACGAAUUUGGGGACCAGGGCUCCAUUCUCCUCGCCGUCAGGGAUAGUAAGGAGGCUGACGUGGACGAGAUCAAAUAUUCCCUGGAUCAUGGUAAGAACUGGGAGACGACUAAGUUGCCGGACGGAUUAAAGAUUGCUCCUUGGACAUUGACUACCACCGAAGACUCAACUAGCUUGAAGUUCGUACUCACUGCUCGAAAAGGGUCGAGGACAUCUCCUGACGGUUUCUACAUCAUCUCGAUUGACUUUGAAGGAUUACAUGAGAAUACCUGCAAAGAAAACGACAUGGAAGACUGGUUUGCACGCGUAGACGACGAUGGCAAGCCAAGCUGUGUGAUGGGUCAUACGCAGAAAUAUCACAGAAGGAAGAAGGAUGCGAAUUGUUUUAUCAAGCAAGAGUUUAAGGACCCAAUCCCAGAAUCCUCUCCGUGCGAGUGUACCGAUGCUGAUUUUGAAUGCGAUUUUAACUUCAUAAGGGACGGCGACGAAUGUAAACCCGCUGGUCCUAUCACACCCCCCGAGGGCGCUUGCAAGUCCGAUAAUCCAGACGACACGUUCAUGGGGUCUUCAGGCUGGCGUCUCAUUCCCGGAAAUGUGUGCAAGCGCCCUGGAGGUGAACAGAAAGAUAAGCAGAAGGAGUGGAAGUGCUCGGAAGCUAAAGGCUCGCCGAAUGUCCCGGGAAGCGAUAAGAUCGAACAUAUCCCGUGGCAUUUUGAGGGCGAUUUUGACCGAUUUGAGAAGCACUAUCUUGAGCAGGGCGAGUCGAACAAUGGAAAUUAUGAGACUGUAAUCGCUAGACCAUAUAAGUCUAUGGGCUUUAUGUCACGGGAUAUUUUCGUUACGCAUGAUCAUGGCAAGAAUUGGACAAAAGCCAAGCUUCCUGGUAGCGAUAUCUAUGCUAUAGCUACCCAUCCUUACAAUAAGGAUAUGGCUUUCUUCCUCACAGAGAAGAACAGAGUCUAUUACACCGCCGAUAGGGGACGAAAUUUCGAUUAUUUCGAACCAAAGGAUCCGCCGGACUCUAAAUCAAGGAUGCUACCUAUUGCCUUCCAUCCGGACCGAGAGGAUUGGCUAAUAUGGCACGGACAGAAAUGCCAUGGCGGUAACUGCUACCUUGAAGCUUCUCUUUCCAAGGACCGCGGUGAUAAUUGGGUGACGAUAAAGCGGUAUGUGAAAAAAUGCGCAUUCACCGGCUCAUCCUCGAACAAAUUCCGGAAUACGACGCAAAUUAUUUGUAUCGCAAACGCACGAGAAGACAACGAAAAAAGCAACCCGCUCCAGCUCUUAUAUAGUGACGACUUCCCAAGAUAUGAGAUGACCGUCGCUUUGGAUAAUGUCAUUGAUUUCGCUACUAUGGCCGAGUUCAUCGUCGUCGCUGCGGAAAACCAGACGGAGACGGGCAACACGCUCAAGGCGCUGGGCAGUCUAAAUGGACGGGAUUACGCACCUGCGCAUUUCCCGUACAACUUUGAGGUUCCGCAUACGAGCGCCUAUACUGUUCUAGACAGUUCGACCCACGCAGUUAACUUAUUCGUUGUAACCGACAAGGAAAAAAAUCGAGAGUUCGGAUCGAUUCUCAAGAGCAAUUCCAACGGGACGUCCUACGUCCUUAGUGUGGCAGGCGUUAACUGCGACGAGGAGUUUUUGGUAGAUUUUGAGAAGAUGCUUGGGCUAGAAGGUGUUGUGCUUGUGAAUACGGUUCAAAACAGGGACAGCGACUCGGAGCCAAAGAGGCUUCAGACACGCAUCAGCCACAACGACGGCGCCCAGUGGGGAUUUCUUCCGCCUCCCAAGAAAGACUUGGAUGGCAACGAUUUCAGUUGCCACAGCCAAAGCGGCGACGAGUCGUGCGCCCUCCAUAUUCAUGGCUACACUGAGCGAGCGGAUCAAGGAAAGUCGUAUUCAUCAGAGUCAGCUAUUGGUAUCAUGUUUGGCGUCGGUAACGUUGGCCCUGUCCUUGGGGAUUCUAAAGAUGCGGACACAUUCAUGACAACCGACGCCGGCCUUAGCUGGAAAAUGGUGAAGAAGGGAAGCUGGACGUGGUCUUUUGGCGAUCAAGGGUCCAUCGUGGUUCUUGCACAAGACAAUACCCGAACUAAGACGGUGUCAUACUCACUCGAUCGAGGUGAGACUUGGAACGAUUAUACGUUCUCGGAUGAAGACAUGGUCAUCACCGAUAUUACUACUCUGCGAUCUGGUUCGUCUAGGAACUUCCUUCUUUGGGGCCAGCAAGGGAGCAAGCUCAUGGCCGUAAACCUGGACUUUUCAGGUUUGGCGAGUGAACCAUGUAAGGAUGAUAAGGACCGAGAAAAGUCGGAUUACGAACUAUGGUCGCCGGAACAUCCUAUGCAGGAGAAUCAUUGUUUAUUCGGCCACAAGAACUCGUACCUACGCAAAAAGAAUGACAGGAAAUGCUACAACAACAUUGACCUUCAGCCACUGUACAAGACCGAAAACUGCGAAUGUACUCGAUCAGACUUUGAGUGUGAUUAUAACUUCGAACUAGAUAGCCACGGUCAUUGCAGGCUCGUCGAUGGUCUCAAGCCCCUUGACCCCGAGCAGGUAUGUAAAGAAAACCCGGACGAGUUCGAGUAUUACGAACCCAGCGGCUUCCGCCGAAUCCCCUUGACAACCUGCCGGGGUGGCUUCGAGGCGGACAAGGUGCUCAAGGCGCACCCUUGCCCAGGCCACGAGGAAGAAUUUGAAAAAGCCCGCGGCAUCUCCGGCGUCGGCAUCUUCUUCGCUGUGGUGAUCCCAAUUGGCGUCGCGUCAGCGGUUGGCUGGUGGGUUUACCGUAACUGGCAAAGCAAAUUCGGGCAGAUUCGGCUCGGGGAGCAAAGCAGCCUCAACGGCGAUUCACCAUGGGUCAAGUACCCGGUGGUAGCCGUAUCUGCUGUUGUAGCAGUAGCCGGUGCGCUGCCCCUUUUAGUAGGCAGCCUAUGGCGUACGGUGAAAGAAAAGGUCCGUAGCAGAGGGGAUAGCGGCGGGCGCUACAGCUGGCUACAGGGAGGCAACCAGAGGAGGUAUACGACGAGAGACAGUUUUGCCCGAGGCCGAGGCGAUUACGCGAUCGUCGAUGAAGACGAAGGCGAACUUCUCGGCGAUGACAGUGAUGACGAUGCGUGAAUGUCGUCGGUUUGGGGAUAAGAUGGAAGGAAACGGAAUGUACUUGUAAGUAGGGGGCGCACCGGCAAGGUUUAGGAAAGUCACGAUCUAGAUGAGAAGUAUGGCAGUACGAAUGGUGGUGGUGGUGAUGGUUGUGGUUGUGGUGGUACUAGCUGGAGAAGCCAAGACAUUAAAGUGUAUCAUUGGCUUCAUCAUCUACAACUACGCUCGGUAUCGGUAGCAAACAUGAUGGAA